AGAAGAAAAAAAAUAAAAAACAAAAAAAAUAAAAAAAAUAACGGCACAUCCAGGAGUUUUUAUUUUAUUUUAAUAUAUAUUUUUUUUACUGUAAAUAAUUUUUAAAGGAUUUUUUUUGUUUGUUUCUCAAUUAUUUGUUUUACUUGAACUGGGAACGUCCACAUCCUAGCAACCAUGGGAAGAGGAGAAGGACGUGAGCAGUAUGAGCUGGCUGCGACCUCGGAGCAGGGAGGUAAGAAGAAGGCGAAGGGGAAGAAGAAAGAAAAGGAUAUGGAUGAACUAAAGAAGGAAGUGGAUAUGGACGACCACAAGCUGACCCUGGAUGAGCUCCAUCGCAAAUAUGGAACAGACCUGAGCAACGGUUUGACUAGCGCAAAGGCAGCUGAGCAUCUGGCCCGUGAUGGGCCCAAUGCCCUCACUCCUCCUCCCACCACCCCAGAGUGGGUCAAGUUCUGUAAACAGAUGUUUGGCGGUUUCUCCAUGCUUCUGUGGACCGGAGCCCUCCUCUGUUUCCUGGCCUACGGUAUCCAGGCCGCCAUGGAGGAUGAGCCUGCAAAUGAUAAUUUGUACCUGGGUGUGGUGCUUUCUGCUGUCGUCAUCAUCACUGGUUGUUUCUCUUACUACCAAGAGGCCAAGAGCUCCAAGAUCAUGGACUCCUUCAAAAACCUGGUCCCACAGCAAGCCCUGGUUGUCCGUGAUGGUGAGAAGAGCAGCAUCAACGCCGAGCAGGUGGUGGUCGGAGAUUUAGUGGAAGUGAAAGGUGGUGACAGAAUCCCCGCUGACCUGCGAAUCAUCUCUGCUCACGGCUGCAAGGUGGACAACUCCUCUCUGACCGGUGAAUCAGAGCCCCAGACUCGUACUCCCGACUUCUCCAAUGAGAACCCACUUGAGACCAGGAACAUCGCUUUCUUCUCUACCAACUGUGUUGAAGGAACUGCCCGUGGUAUUGUGAUCAGCACUGGAGACCGUACCGUCAUGGGACGUAUCGCCACACUGGCCUCUGGCCUUGAAGUCGGACGUACCCCCAUCUCCAUCGAAAUCGAGCAUUUCAUCCACAUCAUCACCGGUGUGGCUGUCUUCCUGGGCGUUUCCUUCUUUGUCCUGUCUCUCAUUCUUGGAUAUUCCUGGCUGGAGGCCGUCAUCUUCCUCAUUGGUAUCAUUGUCGCCAACGUGCCAGAAGGUCUCCUGGCUACUGUCACUGUGUGUCUGACUCUGACUGCUAAGCGUAUGGCCAAGAAGAACUGCUUGGUGAAGAACUUGGAAGCUGUGGAGACCCUGGGCUCCACUUCCACCAUCUGCUCAGACAAGACCGGCACCCUCACCCAGAACAGAAUGACCGUGGCCCACAUGUGGUUCGACAACCAGAUCCACGAGGCCGACACCACCGAGAACCAGAGCGGAACCUCCUUCGACAGGAGCUCGGCCACCUGGGCCGCCCUCGCCAGAAUUGCCGGACUCUGCAACCGCGCCGUCUUCCUGGCAGAGCAGAGCGGCCUUCCCAUCCUGAAGAGAGACGUGGCUGGUGAUGCCUCUGAGUCGGCUCUGCUGAAGUGUAUCGAGCUGUGCUGCGGAUCAGUCCAGGAAAUGAGAGAUAAAAGCCCCAAAAUUUCUGAAAUCCCAUUCAACUCCACAAACAAGUACCAGCUUUCCAUUCACACAAACACCUCACCGGAACGAGAGUCCAGGCAUCUGCUGGUGAUGAAGGGCGCCCCAGAGAGGAUUUUGGACCGCUGCUCCUCCAUCAUGAUGAUGGGCAAAGAGCAGCCACUGGACGACGAGUUGAAAGACGCUUUCCAGAACGCCUACCUGGAGCUGGGAGGUCUGGGAGAGAGAGUACUGGGUUUCUGCCAUUUCAACCUGCCUGACGACCAGUUCCCAGAGGGCUUUGCUUUCGACACUGAAGAGGUGAACUUCCCCACUGAGAAUCUGUGCUUCAUCGGCCUCAUGUCCAUGAUCGACCCUCCUCGUGCUGCUGUGCCCGAUGCUGUCGGCAAAUGCAGGAGCGCUGGUAUCAAGGUAAUCAUGGUGACAGGUGAUCAUCCAAUCACAGCUAAGGCCAUUGCUAAGGGUGUGGGUAUCAUCUCUGAAGGCAAUGAGACUGUUGAAGACAUCGCAGCUCGUCUGAACAUCCCAAUUACUGAAGUCAACCCAAGAGAUGCUAAAGCUUGUGUAGUCCACGGCGGAGACCUGAAGGAUUUGUCCGCAGAGCAGCUUGAUGACAUCCUGAAGUACCACACUGAGAUUGUUUUUGCCAGAACCUCCCCACAGCAGAAACUGAUCAUUGUGGAGGGCUGCCAGAGACAGGGAGCCAUUGUGGCCGUGACCGGUGAUGGUGUCAACGACUCUCCAGCUCUAAAGAAAGCUGACAUUGGCGUUGCCAUGGGAAUCGCUGGAUCUGACGUCUCAAAGCAGGCCGCUGACAUGAUCCUGCUGGACGACAACUUUGCCUCCAUCGUUACUGGAGUGGAAGAAGGUCGUCUGAUUUUUGACAACUUGAAGAAGUCCAUCGCCUAUACUCUGACCAGUAACAUCCCUGAGAUCACCCCCUUCCUCCUCUUCAUCAUCGCCAACAUCCCUCUGCCCCUGGGAACCGUCACCAUCCUCUGUAUCGACCUGGGAACAGACAUGGUCCCUGCCAUCUCCCUGGCUUAUGAAGCAGCUGAGAGCGACAUCAUGAAGAGACAGCCCAGAAACCCCAAAACAGACAAACUGGUGAACGAGAGGCUCAUCAGCAUAGCCUACGGACAGAUCGGUAUGAUCCAGGCGCUGGCUGGCUUCUUCACCUACUUUGUGAUCCUGGCUGAAAACGGCUUCCUGCCAUCCACCCUGUUGGGCAUCAGAGUGAACUGGGAUAACAAAUACAUGAACGACCUCGAGGACAGCUAUGGACAGCAGUGGACCUAUGAGCAGAGAAAGAUCGUUGAGUUCACCUGCCACACAGCCUUCUUCGUCAGCAUUGUCAUCGUGCAGUGGGCUGAUCUGAUCGUCUGUAAGACCAGGAGGAACUCCGUCUUCCAACAGGGCAUGAAGAACAAGAUCCUGAUCUUUGGGCUGUUUGAGGAGACCGCCCUGGCUGCCUUCCUCUCUUACUGCCCCGGCAUGGAUGUCGCCCUCAGAAUGUACCCUCUUAAGCCCAACUGGUGGUUCUGCGCCUUCCCCUACUCCCUGCUCAUCUUUAUCUAUGAUGAAAUCCGUAAGCUGAUCCUCAGACGCAGCCCAGGAGGUUGGGUGGAACGGGAGACCUACUAUUAAAGAUCUGUCAGCCUAUCAGUCCAGUCAGCUCGCAUCUUCUCCUCAACUCCCGUCUUUGCAUGAAUAUUGUCUUGCUGCUCGGAAUAAAAUUUUAACCUCUGUGAAGAAAAAAAAAAAAGGAACUUGUUUUUAUAUUAGGGAAUGCUUGAUACUACUAUUAGACAAAUACUGAGAUGAUGGAACAUGCUGAUGAUGAUGCUGAUGAUGAUGAUGUUGAUAAAUGAUAAUGCUAAUAAUGACAUGAACACUGAACAUUGACAUGACUAUGCGUGCCUUGUUUCUGAAACAGGACCAAUUUUAUACAUGUUUUUAACAGUUAUAAACGUUCAAUAAAAAUGCGCUCGAGUCA